AUGUGGGUCGACGACACCCGCAUCGACUCCAUGCGCCCCGUCGUCGAGGCCUUCUCCGAGGAGUCCGGCGUCGAGGUCGAGCUGGUCCAGAAGGCCACCGGCGACAUCGGCCCCGACUUCGUGACCCAGGUCCCGACCGGCGAGGGCCCGGACAUCAUCGUCUCGGCGCACGACGGCCUGGGCGAGUGGGUGAACAACGGCGUCGUCGCCCCGAUCGAGCUGGGCGACAAGGCCGACGCGUUCGCCGACUCGGCCGUCCAGGCCAUGGCGUACGACGGCCAGACGUACGGCGUGCCGAUCUCGAUCGAGAACAUCGCGCUCGUCCGCAACAACGCGCUGCUCGCCGACACCCCGGCCACCACGUUCGACGAGCUCGUCGAGCAGGCCAAGGGCGCCGGCACCGACUUCUCCGUGCUGAUCCAGCAGGGCGAGGAGUCCGACCCGUACCACCUGUACCCGCUGCAGACGUCGUUCGGCGCCCCGGUGUUCGAGCAGAGCGCGGACGGCUCGUACACCGACACGCUCGCGCUCGGCGGCGAGGCCGGCCACGCGUACGCCGCGUACCUGGCCAAGCUCGGCGCCGACCGCACGCUCGACCUGUCGGUCGACGGCGACAAGGCCAAGCAGGCGUUCCUCGACGGCCAGGCGCCGUACAUCGUCACCGGUCCGUGGAACACCUCGGCGUUCCAGGAGGCCGGCAUGGACAUCUCCGUGCUGCCGGUCCCGUCGGCCGGCGGCCAGCCCGCCCAGCCGUUCGUGGGCGUGCAGGGCGUGUUCAUCUCCGCGAAGUCCGAGAACCCGGUGCUCGCCAACGAGUUCGUGGUCAACUACCUGACCACCGAGGAGGCGCAGGACGCGCUGUACGAGGCCGGCGGCCGCCUGCCGGCGCUGACCGCCUCGGCCGACAAGGUCGACGACGCGGUCCUCCAGGGCUUCAACGAGGCCGGCGCCACCGGCGCCCCGAUGCCCGCCAUCCCCGCGAUGAGCUCGGUGUGGUCCUUCUGGGGCGCGACCGAGGCGCAGAUCGUCGGCGGCCAGGCGGCCGACCCGGCCGGCGCGUGGGACGCGAUGGUCCAGAACAUCCAGGACGCCAUCGACGGCUGA